AUGGGCGCUUCCUCAUCAACUUGUUCAUCUUUCAUGUCCACCAAUGAUGGAGCAAAGUAUGAUCUCUUUGUUAGUUUCAGCGGUCAAGAUAUCCGAGACAGUUUUAGAAGUCAUUUUUGCAAAGCUUUGUCUCGUGAAAACAUACACUUCUUCGUUGAUGACAAACUCAAGAGAGGUGAUGAAAUCUGGCCAGCACUUUCAAGAGCACUUGAAGAAUCAAGAAUUUCGGUAGUCAUUUUUUCGAAAGACUAUCCUUCGUCAAAAUUGUGCUUGCAUGAACUUGUAAAAAUUCUUGAAUGUAAGAAGACAAAUGAGCAAAUUGUUAUACCUGUCUUCUAUCAAGUAAAUCCAUCUGAUGUGCGAAGUUUUGGGGAUGCUUUUAUUAACCAUGAAAAUAUAUCUGAAGAUGAGAAGCAAUUAUGGAGAGCUGCCUUGACUGAAGCAUCCAAUCUACCAGGAUUUGAUUCCUCAAAAAUUAGGCCUGAAUCCAAACUUAUAGAUGAAAUUAUUAAAGAUAUCUCAGAUAAAUUGAAAGAUAUAUCGCCCUCAAGCAAUCCAAAAGGCUUAAUUGGAAUAGAUUCACGUAUUGAACGUGUUAAAUCGUUAUUGUGCAUCGGGAAAUCAGAUUAUGAGGUUGUUGGAAUCUGGGGCAUGGGCGGUAUAGGAAAAACAACAAUCGCCGAGGCAGUUUUCAACCAAAUUUCUGGACAGUUUGAAGGGAACUGUUUCAUUGCAAAUGUUAGAGAGGAAUCUAAAAGAUGUGGAGGAUUGGUUCAUCUACGAAAAAAGGUUCUUUCUCAAAUAUUAGAGGAAGAAUAUGUAGAUUUUGGCACACCAAACAUAUCGCAAUUUAUGAAAAGCAGACUCAAACGUAAAAAAGUUCUUAUUGUUUUAGAUGAUGUCAACACUUUGAAUCAAUUACAAACUUUGGCAAAACAACUUGAUGGAUUUGGUCCAGGAAGUAGAAUAAUUAUAACAACUAGAGACAAACGAUUGCUUCGUAAUUGUGGAGUGAAUAAGAUAUAUGAAGUUGAGGCUUUCAACAAUCAUGAAGCUCGAAAGCUCUUUUGUAAAUAUGCCUUCAAGCAAGACAAUCCUCAUAAAGAUCUUAUGGUGUUUGUUGACAAAGUAGUAAGUUAUGCUAAAGGGAAUCCUUUGGCUCUUAAAGUGAUGGGUGCCUCUCUAUAUCAGAAGACGAUACAAGACUGGGAAAGUGCAUUGAAUAAGCUAAAUAAAGUCUCCGAUCCUGAUAUUCAAAAUUUAUUGAAACUUAGUUACGAUGGACUAAACAAGGAGGAGAAGGAAAUAUUUCUUGAUAUUGCAUGCUUUUUCAAAGGAAGUGGAAGAGAUAUUGUCACACGAAUACUAGAUGGAUGUUACUUUGCUGCAGAAUUUGGACUUAGUGUGCUCAUUGACAAGUCUCUCAUAACAAUAUCAUCACUUGACACAAUCAAUAUGCAUGAUUUAUUGCAAGAAUUGGGUCAUGAACUUGUUCGUCAAGAAUCAUUCAGUCAGCCAGGGAAACGUAGUAGGUUGCACAAUCAGAAAGAUGUUUGUCUUGUAUUGCGGAGAAAUAUGGGCACGGAAGCAGUAAAAAGCAUAUUUUUGAAUAUGUCAGAAAUGAAGGGCAUGCAUAUCAAUUCUCCGAUCUUUGAGAAUAUAUGGAAUCUUAGAUUUCUAAAAUUCUACGAUGUACCAAACUACAUCUCUAAAGUGCAUUGCCCAAAUCAUCUUCCUGAUGGAAUGAGAUAUCUCCAUUGGGAUGGAUAUCCUUCUAAAGCACUGCCAUCAAGUUUUAAUUCAGAAAAACUUGUUGAACUUCACCUUUGUGGAAGCAAGCUUAAACAACUUUGGGAUGGAGCAAUGGAUGUCCCAAAUUUAAGACGGCUUGAUCUUUCUGGAUCUCAGCACCUGACUAGGAUCCCAGAGUUCUCAAAUGCCCCGUGUUUAGAGUGUGUAAACCUUCAAUCAUGCAAAAACUUGCUUGACAGUGGCUCUUCUUUCCAACAUCUGGAAGGCCUUCGUUUGCUGUCUCUAUAUUUUUGUGAAAAGUUCAGGAGCUUUCCAAAGCUUGCAGGCAAUAUAGAGAACUUAUAUUUACUUGGGGCUGCAAUAGAAGAAGUUCCCUCAUCAAUUGAGAGUCUAACAAAGCUUUCAACUUUAGAUCUCUCAAAUUGUGCAAUGCUCAAGCAAAUUUCACCUAACAUUUUCAAACUGAAAUCUCUUCGCUCACUAUUUUUUGGGGGUUGCUCCAACCUUGAGAUUUUUCCAGAAAUCCCGGAGACAUUGGAAAGUCUGAAAGAACUCGAUCUGUCUGACACAGCAAUUAAAGAGCUACCCCUUUCCAUUGAAAAUCUGAUUAGGCUCUCAAAAUUACACAUGCGCUGGUGCAAAAGUCUUGAGACGCUUCCAAGCAGCAUUUGUAAUUUGAGAUCUCUAGCCUAUCUUGAUAUCACUAAUUGUUCAAAGCUGAACAAAUUGCCAGAAAAUUUGGGGAACCUAAAAUCUUUGGUAUAUCUCUUCGCAUUUGGAACUACCAUUUGUCGACUACCAUCCUCUUUGACAUUUUUGGAGAAACUUGAAGGAUUGGAUUGUUCUGGAUUGAGAGGGUUAACAUUGCCUCCUAAGUUAGGAUUAUUACACUCUUUAACACAACUAAAUUUAAAGGAUUGCAAUGUGAUUGAAGUUCCUGAAGACAUUGGUUGUUUAUCCUCACUGGGAGAAUUAGAUCUCAGCGGAAAUGACUUUGAAAGUCUACCAAAAAGCAUCAAGCAACUUUCUAGGUUGAGGUGGCUUUAUUUAAACAAUUGUGAAAUGCUUCAGUCAUUAACUGAGCUUCCAUCGGGUCUGUUACACAUGGAAGCAGUGAAUUGCAAGCAGCUCCAGUCAUUGCCAGACGCAUCCUAUUUUGCAGAAUCAGUGAUUGCAUGUGGUUCUUAUGGAGGAAGAUUAAAUUUCAUGUUUACUUAUUGCAUGAACCUUGAUCAAAAACUAUUAAGCAAAGUUUUAAAAGAGUCAUUAUUAAUAAUUCAAUCUCAAAAGGAAUUUAUAGAAAAAGUUCAUGUCAACGUUACUUAUUCUGGAAGUAAGGUUCCUCAAUUGUUCACCUCUAAAAAUUUUGGAUCUUCCAUAAAUGUUCAACUGCCUCUACAUAGUUGGAGUAGUCGUAAGCUUAGAGGAUUUGCUUUAUGCGCUGUUCUCAUGAUUGAGGAAUUUUGCACUAAACCAUAUGUGGAUGUCUUUUAUGAGUGUGAAAUUGGAACAAGUCAAGGUGACACAUUUAAAUUUGGUGAUAGUUUGGUUGUUCGUUAUGAGGCAUAUUGGAAGAAAGAAAUAUCUUGCCUAGAUUAUGUGGUAUUUGGAUAUCAUGACUGUUCACAUCAAGUUAAGUUUUGUACUGGUGAUUAUACAACUUUUUCACUUGAGUUUACCCCAAAUCAUGAAUGCAUAGUAAAAUAUUGUGGGCUACAACCAAUAUUUGUCGAGCCGGUAAUUUCUCUUGACCAAUUUGGUGCCAAUGUAUUCCCAAAUAAGGAAUUUAAUACCACCAAUCAAGAUUACGAGGAAACAAUGGUAGAAGCACUCACUAAAACUAAAUUGUUCCUAGUUGAGGCUGACACAAGUGCAAGAGGAAGUGGUUACAAAUCGAGUGAGGAGAAACUGGAACCUCAUCAAAAUGGUAGAUCAGCACAACAUGUCAACAACAAAGUAUCUCUUCAUGGGAAAGGAGUUGGUUUAUUGCACUGUUGUUGUUGGAGUUUCGUUGGUGGACUUUGUGUUUUUGGGCUACUGGGACUUCUUAUGCUUCAUCUAUCAACUGUGUGUGAAAUUUAUUUGUCAUAUCAUGCACAAAAUCAGUGAGCAGAGGUAGAAGCGGUGGUCUAAUUCUUUGCUGGCAGAAUGACUGGGAUGUCAGUAUUUAGUCUUUCUCUCCGGGCCACAUUGAUGCUAGGGUCUGUCAUGCUCAUGGUGCGUGUUGGAGAUUUACCGGAUUCUAUGGGAGCCCGGCAAAGGAGGACCCAGGGGGCAGAGCUAGGAUUUUUUACUUGAGGGCUCCAAAAUUUUGUUCUACAAGAUCUGUUGGUCAGUUGAAUUCCUUUAUAGUAUAAAGAUCACAAUUCACAAUCUUA